AUGGUGGCGGCAUCUAGGAAUGCAGAUGCAGUCGAGGUCGAACAGUGGACAGUGACAAUGACUAGGAUGAAGAAGGAAGAUGUUGAGUGGCUAGGGUUAGAAGUUAGGUUGGGUGAUGUUUACGACAUGCAAUUUGAAUUGAAUGAAAUAGAAGCAAGGAGAGAACAAUAUCCUUCAACAAUAUCAUUCCUUAACCUUAUAAAUGCUCUUAUUAUGGAAGAAAAAGAUGUAAGCGACAGGGGGCGUAGAUUUAUUGGCAUUUUUAGAUUCAUUUGUGAUCAUGUGUUUGGGCCAUUCCCUCAAAGAGCAUAUGCAGAUCCUUGUGAGAAAUGGCAAUUGGUUGUUGCUUGUCUUCAGCAUUUUCACAUGAUUCUAAGCAUGUACAACAUUCAAGAUGAGGACAUUGAUAGUGUUAUGGACCAGAUACAGAUUUCAUCAAUAUCACAGCCUUCUCCACUUCAAAUGCAGCUGCCUCUCAUAGAGUUGCUGAAGGAUUUCAUGAGUGGCAAAACUAUCUUCCGGAAUAUUAUGAGCAUUCUUCAGCCUGGGGUCAAUGCAGUUAUUACUGAACGAACUAGUCAAACAUAUGGACAACUUUUAGAAAGAGCUGUGCAACUUUCUUUGGAAAUUAUUGUCCUUGUCUUUGAGAAAGAUUUACUUCUUUCUGAUUUUUGGCGCCCUCUGUAUCAGCCCUUGGAUGUAAUACUCUCUCAAGAUCAUAAUCAAGUUGUAGCUUUAUUGGAGUACGUUAGAUAUGAUUUUCUUCCUCAGAUUCAACAGUGCUCUAUCAAAAUCAUGAGUAUUUUAAGUUCACGCAUGAUUGGGCUUGUACAGUUGCUUCUAAAAUCAAAUGCAAGUAGCUGUUUGAUUGAGGAUUAUGCAGCAUGCCUUGAGUUGCGAUCAGAAGAGUGUCAGACUAUUGAGAACAGUGGUAAUGAUCCAGGGAUUCUCAUUAUGCAGCUUUUGAUUGAUAAUAUUAGUCGGCCUGCUCCGAAUAUUACACAUUUGCUGCUUAAGUUUGAUCUUGAUUCCCCUGUUGAACGGACAGUUUUACAACCAAAAUUUAAUUUCAGUUGCUUGAAGGUCAUUCUGGAAAUCUUGGAGAAGCUUUUAAGGCCAGACGUUAAUGCUUUGCUUCAUGAGUUUAGUUUCCAGCUUCUUUAUGAGUUGUGCUUGGAUCCGUUAACAUGUGGUCCUACCAUGGAUCUCUUGAGUAAUAAAAAGUAUCAGUUCUUUGUUAAGCAUCUUGAUACUAUUGGUGUUGCUCCACUUCCAAAACGGAAUACUAACCAGGCACUUCGCACCAGUUCUCUCCAUCAGAGAGCAUGGUUAUUGAAGCUUUUAGCUAUUGAGUUGCAUGCUGGUUAUACAAGUAGUGCCACUCACAGAGAGGCAUGUCAGAUGAUCCUUGCUCAUCUUUUUGGGCGGGAUUUCAUUGAAACUGAGACCGAUCACAUUGUUUCGGACUCCUAUCUUCAAUAUAGUUUGGACCAUGCUGGAACCAGAUCUAUCAGCAAGAGUAAGGUGUUAGAAUUGCUUGAAGUUCUUCAGUUCAGAUCUCCUGAUACCUCCCUGAAGCUUUCUCAGAUAGUUUCUAAUAUGAAAUAUGACUUGCUGACAGAGGACAUACUUGGGAAUGCAAAUACUGCUGGAAAGGGCGGUAUCUAUUAUUAUUCUGAGCGUGGAGAUCGCCUCAUUGAUCUUGGUUCCUUUGGUGACAAACUGUGGCAGAAAUUCAAUCUAGUUUAUCCCCAGAUGAGUAGUUUAGGCAGUGAAGCUGAGCUAAAUGAUGUAAGAGAGACAAUUCAGCAAUUACUGAGAUGGGGAUGGAAGUAUAAUAAGAACCUUGAGGAGCAAGCUGCCCAACUUCACAUGUUAACUGGAUGGUCACAGAUUGUCGAGAUCUCUGCUUGCAGAAGAAUUUCAACUCUUGAUAAUCAAUCAGAAAUUUUAUAUCAAAUUCUUGAUGCCUCUCUUACUGCUUCUGCUUCUCCAGAUUGUUCUCUGAAAAUGGCAUUUGUAUUAAGCCAGGUUGCACUUACAUGUAUGGCCAAGUUACGUGAUGAAAGAUUCCUAUUCCCUAGUAGUGUUUCUGAUAGUGUCACGUGUCUUGAGGUUAUCACGGCAAAACAAUUGUCAAAUGGUGCUUGUCACUCAAUAUUAUUUAAGCUUAUCAUGGCAAUUCUGAGACAUGAUUCAUCAGAAGCUUUGAGGAGGCGCCAAUACGCACUGCUGCUCGGCUACUUUCAGUAUUGUCAGCAUCUGCUUUCUCCAGAAGUUCCAACAUCAGUUUUACAAUUCUUAUUGCUUGAUGAACAAGAUAGUCAUGAUCUGGAUAUUCAGAAGAUUGACAAGGAACAGUCUGAGCUAGCUCGUGCCAACUUUUCUAUAUUAAGGAAGGAGGCGCAAGCCAUCUUAAAUUUGGUUAUCAAGGAUGCAAGUCAGGGAAGUGAACCUGGAAAGACAAUUUCACUAUAUGUACUGGAUGCACUUCUUUGUAUUGAUCAUGAGAGAUAUUUUUUCAGUCAACUUCAAAGUCGGGGAUUUCUACGAUCAUGCCUUACAAGCAUUAGUAACUUUUCCUACCAGGAUGGUGGGCAUUCGCUGGAUUCGUUGCAACGGGCAUGCACUCUAGAGGCUGAACUUGCAUUACUGCUGAGAAUUAGUCACAAUUAUGGGAAAUCUGGGGCACAGGUUUUAGUUUCCAUGGGCACUUUGGACCAUAUUGCGUCAUGUAGGGCUGUAAAUUUGCAGGGAAGUUUGAGGCGUGUUGAUAUAAAGCUCCGAAGGGAUGUGGCUUUUGAUAUUGAUAGGCAACGAAUGAUCAUAACACCUGUCUUGAGAUUGGUAUUUUCUUUGACAUCAUUGAUCGGCACUUGUGAUUAUUUUGAGGUUAAGAACAAAAUUGUUCGUGAAGUUAUUGACUUCGUGAAAGCACACCAGUUGCUUUUUGAUCAAAUUCUUCAGGAGGACAUUUCUGAAGCCAAUGAAUUGAUGAUGGAGCAGAUCAAUCUUGUUGUUGGCAUACUGAGCAAGGUAUGGCCUUAUGAGGAGAGUGAUGAAUAUGGAUUUGUUCAAGGGCUCUUUGGCAUGAUGCAUACUCUUUUCUCACACAGUUCAAAGACAUCUACUUCACUAUCAGUUCCAUCUGCUGAGGCUCAGAGAAAAUCAGAACUUAACCCGUUUCUCUUGUGCUUUAGCUUGAGCUCCUAUCUAUAUUUCCUGGUCACUAAGAAAUCCUUGAGGUUGCAGGUCAAUGGCUCUUCUGAGUACCGUGCUUCUGGGCUGCAGCAACCAACUUUAAUUGAUCUUGGUUCCCUUCUCAAUUCAGUGACAAAUGCUCUGGAAAGAGCGGCUGAGGAAAAAUCCAUGUUGCUUAAUAAGAUUCGGGAUAUAAAUGAACUAUCGAGACAGGAAGUGGAUGAAGUCAUCAAUAUGUUUGUCCGGCAAGAUUGUAUUUCAUCAUCUGAUGACAUACAAAAGAGGUAG